AUGUUAUUAAAGAGAAACAUUCUGAUUCUAAAUAUCACUAAAUCAACAUUUACCUGCAAAGGUGCGACAGGUUUGAUCUACCCAAGGAAUGAGGGUAAAUAUUUAGCAGCCAAUCCAUCAUUCAUGCUUUACUGCAGAAUGGGGCAGGGUAACAGUCUUCCUAAUCCAGAACAGACAAUCGGAAUUGUCCACAGCAAACUGCGAUCACAUCUCACCAUUCUGAAGUGUCUGGCCAAUCUCUCGUACUCCGAUUUCCUCCGUUCCAUUCAGGAGCUGAAUUCAUUAACGUCCACUUUCUGUGACCGAAGAGGAAAACAGCUCCUGUUCUCAGUACAGUGUGGUACAGAUGCCUCCAUAUUUUGGAAACCUACGGUCAGAGUCAUCUGCCAGAAAAUAAAUACUCAUCUGAACAGAGUGGAGUCUCAGAGACGACUCAAUCUAAAGCAGUAUGUCAUUCUGUAUCGCGAAAUCUCUGACCAGGUGUCCAAUCUGAACGCUAUGGAGCACGAGAAAGGGCAACUCAGCAGUUUACCUAAUAGCAUCUGUGCUAGUGCCAUAUUUGAAGGUGUAGGACAAGAGGAUGAUGACAAUGAAUGCUGUAUAUGUAUGGAGAACAGGUCCGAGAUCAUACUGCCUUGUGCUCACCAGUUCUGUGAGGGCUGUAUAGACACAUGGAAUGUGACUAGCAAAACUUGCCCCAUUUGCCGUGAACGAGUGGAAAGCAUCGAUGAGACCUGGGUCUUAACAGAAAAGCCAGACGACCUUGAGUAUGAGACAGAGGUCAAAGGUUACCUAGUGAGCUUAGCGGACAAACCGGGACACAAAACAUGAUGAAUUAGUGCUUCUAUGUUGAGAAAGUAUGCUUUAAUAGUACGGGGUAAUAUGUUACUAAAUGAGUAAUAAGUAGAUGUGUUUCUCGAUAAAUUAAGCGUUACAUUAUACAUGUUAUAAGGAUGUUGUUGAUUGUAAAUAUGGAAGUGUUUGGAAGAAUUGCACUGUAAAUCAACUUUUAUUUGUGUGUCUGUUAAUAGUUUUGUUUUGGCUUUCCUCAGUUAUGAAAGUAAAUUGUUGUGUUCGUUGAACUGUUAAUAUUAGUUGGUUUACAGUGAAAAUUAAGAGAAACUGCUAAAUUAACACCCAUGUGAAAUGUACUUUUUAGGAUUAUUAGUGUAUUGAUAUUUAAAUAAUCAAUUUGUUUUUCUUAUUUUGCAAAAAUAUUUUCAUAGGAGGAAGCUUUGACGUACGUUCUUCACAUUCCUGACAUUUCAUCUUUUGUUAUUCUUUUGUCACAAUGAUGAAAGAAAUAUAUAAUAUGCAUUUAAUUGUUGUUAGCUACAAUUUUGAUAUUUAUCCUUGCAGUUAGAUGUAAUUUGUUUUUGUUGUAUUUUAAGUGACACACAUAAUGACAUAUCGUAUAUAGUCACGUAAGAUGAUUUGAGAAGAAUUUACCAAUAUUAUCCAAUAGACUGAAUGAUAUGUUUGCAACAUAGCAAAGUAUACACACAAGUGGUCUGUGAUAAUACUUUAAUAUGCUGUUUUACUUCAGAUUGCUUUCUUUUCUACAAGUUAUUUAGAUCUUAUUGCCAGUGCCAUAUCAUAAAUCCAGAUUUCUUUUUUCUUGCAAUCAAACAAGGUGGUUAUAAAGCACUGUCCCAAUGGUCCCAUUUGACCUCUGACAUAAAGCUUUGACCUUUACCCUCUUUAGUAGCGUGUGAAUCAUAUUCCCAAUGUAAGUUGUUUUUUUUUUCUACAGAAAGAAGGCAUUCUCUGAUCUUUUAAUAGUUUGAACAUAACAGAUAAAUGUAAUACAU